UGAACACCUUUGGUAAUUUGUGAAGCCACUGAAAUUGAUUAUUUCUUUUGUAGACAUGAUCAGACGGAGGACCUUGCGGACUAGAGCCAUCAAGAUGUUGGUUUUGGAUGAGGCUGAUGAAAUGCUGAACAAAGGCUUCAAGGAGCAAAUCUAUGAUGUCUAUCGUUACUUGCCACCUGCCACUCAGGUUGUGCUAGUUUCUGCUACACUUCCACAUGAAAUCCUGGAGAUGACCAGCAAGUUUAUGACAGAUCCCAUCCGUAUUCUCGUGAAAAGGUUGGCUCUUUAUUAGUUAUUAGUAAUUAUU